AUGUUCUCCGAGUUGCAAAGGGAUCUUUCGAUGCAUGCUCAUCUUCAAACUCAAAUGGAGACACAAUUACUACUGGUCCUGUUAACCCUUGACUCUGCUGGUGAACACUAUCAUAUCUGUACGGUUGGCCGGCAUUGUCAGGUUGGACAGAAGCUAGCUAUCACUGUCUCAUCAGGCACAUCAGAGGCUUCACCACCCUCAACAUCUCCUAGACAAUCUCCACCGACGGCUCCUACAACCAGUCCUUCACCUUCUUCAAAUAGCACACCGGCUGAUUAUGCUCCAACACCGGCAUCAAGCCCCAAAAACUCAAUAACUCCUGGGCCAUCGGCCUCACCACCCUCAACGACGCCUAGACCAACUCCUUCAACCAGUCCCUCACCUUCUUCGAAUAGUGCAACUGCUGAUUGUGCUCUAACACCAGCAUCGAGCCCCGCAGAGACUCAAUAA